AUGGCUAGCAUGGCUAUUCAAUUACUGGGUUUCUUCCUGAGCCUUCUGGGUCUAGCUGGAACAAUCGCUGCUACAAUCCUGCCCCACUGGUGGAGAACAGCACAUGUGGGAACCAACAUCAUCACCGCUGUAGCAUACAUGAAGGGUCUCUGGAUGGAAUGUGUUUGGCACAGCACUGGGAUCUACCAGUGCCAGCUCCAUCGCUCUCCACUGGCUUUGCCUCGUGACCUUCAAGCAGCCCGUGCCAUGAUGGUGAUUUCCUGUGUUCUUUCCGUUCUGGCAUGUGUGAUUGCUGCCAUUGGCAUGAAGUGCACCCGAUGUGCCCAAGGGUCCUCAGCCAAAAAUGUAUUUGCUGUCUUGGGUGGAGUCCUUUUCAUAUUGGCUGGGCUCAUAUGCCUUGUCCCUGUUUCUUGGUCAACUAAUGAUGUAGUAACUGAUUUCUACAACCCAAUGCUGCCCAAUGGGAUGAAAUAUGAAAUUGGGCAAGCUCUUUACCUUGGCUUUGUCUGCGCUUCAUUGAAUAUAAUCGGUGGAGUUAUCCUGUGUACUUCAUGCCAACGUGCUGGGAACAACAUAACCUACCACUCACAACGAAGGGCCACAAGGGCAGCACCAUCCUACAGACCACCAUUGGUCUACAAGGCAAACCACACUUCAUCAUUUACAUCCGCUUCACAUAGUGGUUACAGGUUAAAUGACUAUGUGUGA